AUGUUGAAAAAUACUUCUGAUCAGAAACUCGACACCAUGGACGAGGAAUGGAUUCCGAAACAUAAAGUUCUCGCGCACCGUACCCAAAAACUCAAUCCCCUCUUCGGAAGCGGCGGAUCCACAUCGCGCUGGGGAAUCAACGGAGAGAAAUUUGAUAUCGAUGUUCCUGGAUUUAUUUGA